CACUGAGAGCGCUCUGGGAGCACUGACUAACAACAAACCUAACCAAGGCUCCACCAUCGCUCUACUCAUCAUUAACACGGCAGCGAGCAGUGGUGGGACGUCGAUAUCAGCAGCACGCACAGUGUCGGAGUAGAUCGGAGCCGCGUCGCCGACGCUUGGGCGAUAAAGACGUCGAUAGACGACAACCUGGACCGACACGAACCCACCAAACACAACACCGGGCCCACGACGAUGACAGAGCCAGCUCCCACGACAACACAACCAACAUCCCCAAUGACCACCCCGUCUGUCGAGCACGCCGAGCCCAAGCCGGCCCUGCCGCCCCCCGCGCCCCCAUCCUUCUGGAACGCAGAGCUCACGUUCGAGCGGCGGACGUACAUCCCCGUACUCCUCUCGCUCUCCAUCGCAGCAGGCAGCAUCGACGUGUUCUCCGUGCCCGCGCUGGGCGUCUUCGUGGCCAACAACACCGGUAACCUCGUCUUCCUCGCCCUCGCCGCCUCCCAGAUGAAGAAAUACGACCCCGAAGUCUACCCCGUCGCGGCGGUGGUCGCGCUCGUCGGCUCGUGGUUCGGCUCGUUCUACGCCGGCCGUCUGGGCGGCUUCUUCGGCAAGCGACGGCGCGGCUACGUCGUGGUCGACAUGACGUUCCAGGCCGUGCUCAUCUUCCUCGUCGCGGGGCUGUACUACGGGCACAAGAUCCACAUCCGCGACGGGCGGACAGAGUACGCGUCGAUCUUUCUCAUGGCCGUGUCGAUGGGCGCGCAAAACGUGACCGUUAAAGGCCUCGGCGGCCCACCCACCAUGCCCACCCAAGUGGCCACUGGCGCCAUGUCCGACUUCUUCGCCGACCCCAACCUCUUUGUCGGGCUCACCAAGAACCCGCAGCGCAACGAGCGCUUCGUGUUCGUGUGCGUGUUUGUGCUCGGCGGCAUUAUCGGCGGGUUCGCGUACCGCUACUCGUCGCCCCAGCUCGCGUUGAUCAUCACCGGUGUGACCAAGCUGCUUGCGACCGUGUUUCUCGUCCUGCUGUCCAAGCCUGCCGAGCCCAAGCCCGCGGCCGUCAAGGCGUAGAGCGGGUCCGCGUCUAGGCGCGGGCCGUCAUCCGCAACUUCAACUGUAGGGCGCACAUCUGUUGUCAUCAUAGCAUCUGCAUCCACAUUGCAUCUUG